AUGCCAAUGAUGGAAGCUGCUCCCCAGCCCAAAGAUCUCGGGGCACAGAGCAAGCUGCAAGCGGUUGAAGAAGCAGUGCAGAAACUCCAAGUCUCUCUGCAGCCUGACAAAGCCUCAGACACGUCAGCAAAGGGAUCGGACACUCUGCAGCUAUUGGAUGAAGUGCAGGCAGGAGUCCGGCUGCUGAAAGCCCAGCUGGGUAAUGUCAGUGCAGCGUAUGGAGAAAUCCGGAUCCGGCUAGACAACGUCAGUGCAGCGCGAGCAGCAGUGCAAGGUCGCUGCAGUUACCUACUGACAAAGCUCUCCAGGGGCUGGACGUUUUUCAAUGGGAACUUUUAUUACUUUUCACAAGAAAGGAAGUCGUGGGACGAGGCCGAGCAGUUCUGUGUGUCUCAGGACUCGCACCUGACCUCUGUCUCCUCCCAGGCGGAACAGGAGUUUCUCUCCAAGGAGACCAAGGGAGAAGCUCACUGGAUUGGACUCACCGACCGGGAGACAGAAGGCAGCUGGCGCUGGGUGGAUGGCACAGAAUACAGAGCAGGCGCAAGCAGGGGGUUCUGGGUGGAGAAUGAGCCAAACAAUUACGAUCCGGACAGAGGUGUUGGAGAAGACUGUGUUCAGACCUACCCAAGAAACCGGAAUUUGUGGAAUGAUGCCAAGUGCUUUCGGCCUUUCAGGUGGAUUUGUAAGCAGGCCCAUGGAUGGGCUGGGUUGUGACAUGCAGGUCCCAGCACCUCAGAAAGCGCCUUAAUUUCCAAGCUAUGGAGUAUAUUUUCCAGCCACCUGCCAAUGAGGGGCCAUUGGCAGGGACGCUUUGUCUUGCUGUGAUAUUUCUGGCUGUGGCAGCGACAGCUGCCCUUAUGCCGCUCAGUGUGGCUGGUUCUGUAAUUUGUAUGUUUCCAGGUCUGUCACUGAAUAAAA